UUCUCUACCAAACCCUUGCCCUUCUGCCGUCACUCAAAAAGUUGUUGCCACCAUUUUUACUUUAUCCAUCCUACCCAUAAAUCUCUUUGACCACCGACCCACUAUACUUUCUACAAACCUUACCCACUAAAGUAUUUCCUACAAAUCAAUUUUUUGGUUUGCUUUAGUUUCUGUUCGACUCAAAAUUGAACAUACGAAACCCACUUGUCUCAGCAACUCCUGCCGUUACUCUGUCUUUUGCUGAAAUCCAAACCCUUGCUGCUACUUUGUCUUCUGCCGAAACCCUUAUUACCGAUUCCAUGGCCACAUCGACACACACUACCACCGAAACUCCUCUCCAUUCCCUUCUUCACUUCAUACCUCUCAAACUAAACUCCACAAACUACCUAGCAUGGUCCCAACAAGUCUCUCUUGUUCUCACUCUUUAGAACUUGAUUGGACAUGUUGAUGGCACCUCUUCUAAACCACCCGAAACCGUUCUUAAGGCCGAUAAACCUGUCCCAAACCCAGCUCGUACUGAAUGGUUAACCAAGGAUCAAUCGGUAUGUCUCCUUCUUCAGUCCUCUCUCUCCGAGGAAGCCAUGUCCGAAAUUAUUGGCAUCUCUAAUGCUCGUCAGAUCUGGUUGGCUUUGGAAACAGCGUAUAGUCUCUGUUCCACUGACCGUAUGCAUAUCUUACGUGAUAAUCUGCGCAUGUUGCAAAAAGGUUCUUCCUCUGUGGCUGAGUUUGGCCGAAAAUUUAAAACCAUAUGUGAUCAACUUGCUGUUAUAGGUCACCCGGUCGAUGAAACUGAUAAAUGUCAUUGGUUUCUAUGUGGUCUUGGAACCACUUUUGAACACUUUUCCACAACCCACCGUGCCUUAGGCACUUCAUCCUUUCGUGAAUUGCUUGGGAAAGAAGAAAAUCAAGAAACCUUCAUGACAUCCCUUCACGGACAGAAUACUCCUCGGGUUGCCUUUGUUGCUCAGCAGUCCCGUUCUGGUAACACAUCUCGUUCCUCUUCAGGAUCCUCUUAUACUAAUCGGGGUCGUGGCCGUGGUCGAAAUUCUGGUCGCGGUCGUGGCAAGCGACCCCCUCAUUGUCAAUUAUGCAGGAAAGAUGGUCACUAUGCAAAUACGUGUCCCAAUUUGGCUUCUUUUGCUAAACAAGCCGCUCCUCUUGAUGCCAACUUGGCCGAAGCUUUCCAUGCUCAAUGUCAUGUCACUGAUGACUACCCAGACUGGACCGGUGAUACAGGAUCGAAAGACCAAGGAAAUCCUGGCAAAAGGGACAUGUGAGAAUGGACUUUACGUCCUUCGUGAAGGGAAUCAUGCUUUCGUGGCCUACUACUAUACUCCUCAUCUCAAGGCUUCUUUUGAACGCUGGCAUGGUCGCCUUGGACAUGUUUCCUUUGAUAUUAUUUCUAGAUUGCAUAAACUUGGUUCAUUGUUUGUUACGUCGUUGUUACCUAAACCUAGUAUUUGUUCUCCUUGUCAAAUGUCUAAGUCG